AUGCUUCGGCUAAUUCGUGGUCUAGCCACCGCUGCCAAACCAAAACUUCAAGACAUCGUCAUUGUGGGAGGCGGACCAGCGGGUCUUUCGCUUCUCCUGGCUUUGAAAAAUACCCCGUCAACCAGCCACCUCGGAUGUACCCUAGUAGAGGGUCUGAGUCUAGACGGGGUAAGAAAGUUUGCCCAAGAUCCUCCAGAAAACUACACCAACAGGGUGGUUUCCCUUACGCCCAAGUCUGUUGACUUCAUGAACAACAACCUGGGCAGCUGGGACUACAUUCAGACCGACAGAGUCAAAUUCUACGACAACAUGAUUGUGUACGAUAGCCAGGACUCAGAAGCUCGCAUCGAGUUCGAUACCUCGGUGGUUCCCGGAGCCGGUGCCAUUGCCGCCAUGACCGAGGUUGUGAAUAUCCAGGGUUCGUUGUUGGAGAAGAUCGAGGCAUUGAACGAGGAAUUGGAGCCUGAGCAUAGAGCCAAUAUCGUGGAAAAGGCUCGUGUGGUCGACAUCAAGCAGGGAGAAGGUGACUUGGACUGGCCUGUGGUGACGUUAGAUAAUGGUGAAAGCUACCAAACUCGUCUUUUAGUUGGUGCCGAUGGUCAAAACUCGCCAGUUAGAAAGUACGCUCGUAUUGAGUCUCGUGGAUGGCCUUAUAACCGUUUCGGUGUUGUGGGUACCUUAAAAUUGCAGUAUGAGGACUGGAGAUCAGUGGCGUGGCAGAGGUUUUUGACAACCGGGCCAUUGGCCAUUCUUCCAUUGACCGACGAUAACGCUACGUUCGUGUGGUCCAGUACUCCCGAAUUGGCAGACACCUUGUUGAAGGUGGACGAGACCAUUUUCCCCCACUUGAUCAACGCCGCUUUGGUGCUCGAAGAGGUCGAUCUCAAUUACAUCUACAAAGCCUUGAAGGCCAAUCCUAACGACCAGCUGAUGAUCGAGGAGAUUCAGUGGAGGCUCUCGAGAAUCCCUGAGGAGGAGCUCGAGGAAAAGUACCCAGUGCCAAUUGCCGAGAUCGUUUCGGGUUCUCGGGCUAAAUUCCCCUUGAAGCUUCUCCAUGCUGAUACAUACACUGCUCCAAGAGUGGCAUUGGUUGGAGACGCUGCUCAUACUGUACACCCAUUGGCAGGACAGGGUCUCAAUAUGGGCCAGACAGACGUGGCCGCUUUGGUCGAAACAAUCGAAACCGGCAUUGCUCGUGGCCAAGAUAUCGGUUCCACUCUCACCUUGGACUACUAUACUGCCAAGGCGUGGCCCUCAAAUCACGUUUUGAUGGGUGUCUGUGACAAGCUUCACAAGAUAUUUUCCACGGACUUCACGCCUAUUGUUAUGUUGAGAGGAUUUGGUUUCAAGCUGAUCAACAUGUUUGGGUCUAUCAAGGACAUGAUGAUAAAAGCCGUUAGUGGCAAUCCAUGA